AUUUGACAGUCCAAAAAAUGUGAUAAGACUUUUACACUCCCAUAAAGGCUAUAGUUAACUAUAAUGUACUUAAUACUUUCCUCAUUACUAACUAAUUUGUAUCUAUAAUAUAUAAUAUAAUGAUGAAUUCCACCUGAAAGUAAACGAAUGUUCUUGGAGUUCAUGCAUAGGUAGCCCAACCGCACUUCUUUUUUUUUUUUUUUCUUUUUCCUGAGGGGAGAAUACUAAUUAUACUUUUUUGAUUGAACUCAAAUCGCACCUCUACAGGACUACAGCUAUUAUCAACGGAACGUUGAAAAGUAUAUACAUAGAGAGGAGAUAUUCCUGCAGAACUAAAUCAUUAUACAGAUAAGAUAAAAUUUUAUCAAAUAUAUGAUAAAGUUUUGAUAUAUGAUCUGUAACAGCAUCCCCCAAUAUCUUCUAACAACUUACCAAAUAUAUUGUUCUCUAUCCCUUAUCUCUAAAUUCAUAUACAUAUAUAAGUUGGCAGCAGAAAAGCAAGACAAAAACCCAAUUUGAUUUUUCUGUCAAAAUCUUAAAAAUAUGGAAGGAAAAAGAAAAACACUUGAAACCGUUAUUUUUCUGCUUUCGUUAUGCAUUCUUAUAGCGAUUCCUUGCUUUUCUAUGCCAUUAUCAACAAAGGGAAGAUGGAUAAUUGAUACAAAAACAGGGCAGAGGGUGAAGCUAGCUUGUGUUAAUUGGCCUUCUCAUAUGGAAACUAUGUUGGCAGAAGGUCUUCACGAGCAGCCACUGAAAAGAAUAGUAGCUCUUCUUGCUAAACAGAAGUUCAAUUGUGUUCGUUUGACAUAUGCAACUUAUAUGUGGACGAGGUAUUCUAACAGGACUGUGUCAGAAUCUUUUAAUUUCUUACCUGAAGCUAAAGAAGGAAUAGCCAAGAAUAAUCCUGAUCUAUUGAGCAAGACCCUUCCUCAAGCUUAUGAAACUGUUGUUGAUGAGCUAGCCGCACAAGGUGUAAUGACACUUCUUGAUAAUCAUGUCAGCAAGCCUACUUGGUGCUGUUCAGAAACUGAUGGAAAUACAUUCUUUGGGGACACCUACUUUGAUGUUAAGGAAUGGAUACAAGGUCUAACCACGGUUGCUACUCGUUUUAGGGGAAAACCUAAGGUCAUGGCAAUAAGCACAAGAAAUGAACUGAGAGGACCGUUACAAAAUCAAGAUGACUGGUAUAAAUAUAUCCUUGAAGGAGCAUCGGCAAUUCAUAAUGCGAAUCCAGAUGUACUCAUAUUUGCAUCAGGGCUUAGUUAUGCAAAUGAUCUCACUUACUUGAAGAGUAAAACUUUAGGGACUAAUUUUGAUGACAAGUUAGUGUAUGAUGCACAUUGGUAUCCUUGGAGUUGGGAGGAUGUUAGUACUUGGGAUGUUGAACUCUUGAACGAUGCUUGUUAUAGAAAAACCCAAUAUUUCAUUAACCAAACUGGUUUUACUUACGCUCUUCACGAGGAACCAAUUCCUCUAUUUAUGGGUGAAUUUGGUAUGGAUCAAAGAGGUCUGAGCAGGGCUGAUGACCAUUUCUUGAGCUGCUUUCUGGCUUUUGCUACCGACAUUGACUUGGAUUGGGGAAUGUGGGGAUGGCAAGGAAGCUAUUAUUUCAGAGAAAACAAAACUAACAUAGAUGAGACUUUUGGUGCCAUGGAUCACCACUGGAACCGUAUCAGAAGUCCACAGUACAUGAGCAGAGUGGAUUUUGUUAAGAACAAGCUCAUAGAGCCAAGUUCAAAAUCUCCUCCGUCCUUUGUAAUUUUUCAUCCACAGAGUGGGACUUGCGUCCGUAACAAUGGUAUAAAGGAACUUCUUACAGGAAAAUGCAAGCAACCACAAAGAUGGAGUUAUGCAGGAGACGGGAGUCCAAUCAGAUUGGAAGGAAGCAAUCUGUGCUUGCAAGCUGUUGGCGAUGGACAUCCAGCAAUUCUUUCGAAAAACUGCACAAGCCAAAAAAGCUCCUGGAGGCUGCUAACAGCGACUAAACUUCAUGUAGCCACUGUUGAUGAGACAGGAGAAUAUCUUUGCUUGCAGAAGGAAUCACCUCUGACCACAAAGGUUAUCACUAGCAAGUGUGUCGUGACCCUUUCAGAACCAGAUUGCCAAAGAGAUCCACUUCAAGACCCAACCAUGCAAUGGUUUAAGCUUACUAGCACUAAUGUGUAGUUGUUGUGCUUCUUUAGGACCAUUAGCCUGUGUGUGUUGAUUAUAGCCAGGUGUUUGCUUUUACUUUGAGAAUGCAUCGGAUCAUUAGUAUUACAUCAAUGUCUAAGAGGACAGACCAUUUGGAUUCUUA